AACAGCCGCCAUCCUGUUGAAAUAAUACGUCAUGGGUCACGCCCACCUUGCGACAUGCGUAGUAUGGUAGUAGGAUUGAUGCGGGGCUGUGAAGAGUAAAGAUCAUAUUAAAAACCUGACUGGAUUUUGCUUGAGUUGAGAAAAUGGUCAAUGUGCUUAAAGGCAUCCUCGUUGAGUGUGACCCUGCCAUGAAACAGUUCCUUCUAUACUUGGAUGAGACAUCUGCACUGGGGAAGAAAUUCAUCAUUCAAGACUUGGACGACACACAUGUCUUUAUUUUAGCAGAAGUAGUUCAUAUUUUACAAGAAAGAGUAGGAGAGUUAAUGGAUCAGAACUCAUUUCCUAUUACCCAGAAAUAAUGUUCCUGACAAAUGUAAAUGGAGUAGGCCUUUUGUAUGGCACAUGAUUGGUGCUCAUGUUUAGGCAAUGGACAUUGGAUUUUCUGUUUUGUUUCUGCAUAUUUAAAACAUUAUAUAAAUAUUUGUUAUGUUUGUUUAUUAUGUAAAUUGCAAGGCAUAACAAUUUCUGCAGUGCUUGUGAAACUUUCUCAAUAAAAAUGUAAUAUGAAAAAAUUGCAUUUUUAAAAUGUACUGCAGAUUUAGACAAUGAAUAUAUUCUGUUGUAAGAAUCAUUUUAAUCAAAGAUGCACUCCUAUUAAUUGGAUUACAGUAUUUAAUUACAGUAUUUUGUUCCCUUUUCGGCACUAAUACAAAUUUAGAAAGAUAAGUACAAAGUAGUGCUGAUGGGAAGUUUAUGGAUCUGUAAAAGUCACAUUUUUAACUGUGAAAUUGUUGUUUUAUAAAAAGGCUUUCUAAAGUGACGAAGGAUUGUUAUCCAAACAUUUGAUAUACUGCUUUGAGGAACUGAAGCACAUAGGCACAGAUUAUAUAUACAGUACAAUUUGGUUUAUGUUCAAAAUAAAUUAAUCCUUUGGCUUUGUUAUCUUUUAAACUAAA